AUGAGGGUAUUCAACAAGAUUUCUAGCAUGGUUCAACCUCUUACCCGAACAUGGUCCGGUAAGCUAGCCUUAUCGGAACUAGACCAAGUUGGUGUCACCAAUCAUGUUCCAACCAUAUACUUUUACAAACACUCCCCUGAUGAUUGGAUCACUGUUUUACAAACCUUAAAAAGUUCACUUAGUUGUACCCUAGUUCACUUCUACCCUCUUGCCGGUCGUCUAUCUUUUGCUUCUAGAGGUCGCCUAGAGAUCAAUUGUAAUGCCGCCGGAGUGCAAUUCAUGGAAGCUUAUGCCGAUAAGAUGCUUAUGGAUUUAGAUACUUUUUUACCAUCCCCAAUAUACCACCAACUUAUUCCUUCAAUAGACUAUCAAAAUGCACCCCUUGAAGAAGUUCCAUUGGUAGUUUUGCAAGUCACAAGGUUUUCUUGUGGUGGUUUUAGUCUUGGUUUGAACAUAUCACACGUUGUUGCGGAUGGGCAAAGUGCUCUUCACUUUGUGUCCGAAUGGGCUAGGAUUUGUAGGGGUGAGUUAAUAGAGUCUGUACCUUACCUUGAUCGAAGUUUUUUACGAGCUGGGGAGCCUCCAAGAUCAUGCUCAACUAUUGAACAUGAACAAUUUGGUCUUCCACCAGUUCUAAUAGAUCAAUCUAGUAAAAGUGAACGAGAACAAGAAACAACGGUCGCAAUGUUGAGACUAAUUGCAACCCAGGUGGAGAAACUUAGAGAAAUGGCUGAUAGAAGUCAAAAGAGUGAAAUGAGCCAUGGCUUUACACGGUAUGAGGCUAUAACUGCACACAUAUGGCAAACUUCAUGCAAAGCACGUAAUCACAAACCCGAACAACCAACAGCAUUGAACAUUAGCGUUGAUAUUCGCAACAAAAUGAGGCCACCAUUGCCUCAAAAGUACUUUGGAAAUGCUAUUGUAGAUGUGAUUGCCACCGGAUUCUCAGGUGAGAUAGUUUCAAACUCUUUAGGAUAUGUUUCAAAUAAAAUUAGAGAUGUAAUCAAAAAAGUGGACGACGAGUAUGUGAACUCGGUGAUAGACUCUUUGAAACGUCAAGAAGACUUGUCGCGUUUUGGAGAAUUAUCGACAAGUAAUGAUGAAGGACCUUAUUAUGGCAAUCCAAAUCUUGGUGUAAUAAGUUGGUUAACAUUACCCAUAUAUGGAACUGAUUUUGGAUGGGGGAAGGAGAUUCAUAUGGGUCCAGGAACACAUGAAUCUGAUGGUGCUUCUUUGAUUCUUAAUGGGCAAGAUGGAGAUGGAUCUCUAAUUGUUCCAAUAUGUUUGCAAGUGAGGCAUAUGGAGGAUUUCAAGAAGGUGUUCUACCAAGAUAUUGAUUUAUAG